AUGAUUGGCGCAACUUGCGCCGCGCAAGCUACUACUAGGCGCCUCGAGACUCGGAAUCAUGAAUGCUACCGCCGUCACCAGCAGGAGUCGGGCUUGCGCGUCGCGCGGAAGCGCGGCGUGACAAAAGGCCAAGAACGCGGUUCCACAAAAGUGCUGCUGGCGAGGAGGGGCGUAAGCCAUCUCUCCCCUCCUCCAACCUCUCUCCCUCUCCGUCCCCCCAACUCCACCUCUCCUCCCCUCUCCCUUCCCCACUUUCUCCCUCCUCUCUUCUCCCUUCCUCCCCCCACCCUCUCCCGCCUGCUCGCCGUCUUUGAGAAUUCUCAAAAACACCCUCUCCCGCCUGCUCGCCGUCUUCAGAACAACGCGGAGGACGCGGUGUUGCUGCGCCACGCGCUGCGGGCGGGCACGAACCAGUGGGGCGCGCUGGAAAAGGGCGGGCGGGAAGCUCCCCCCCUCCCCCCCUUUCCUCCCCCAAUCCCUCCCCUCUUGUUCCCACCCAUCACCCCCCAUCCCCCCUCAGGAGGACCGGUGUUGCUGCGCCAUGCGCUGAGGGCGGGCACGAAGCAGUGGGGCGCGCUGGAGAAGAGCGGGCGGGAUUCUCCCUUCUCAACAAGAAGAGUAACUCUUCCCCCUCCCCCACCCGUCCCCGCCCUUUUCACCUUCCCCCUCUCACAGGAGGAUGCGGUGUUGCUGCGCCACGCGCUGAGUGCGGGCACGAAGCAGUGGGGCGAGGAUGCGUUGUUGCUGCGCCACGCGCUGCGUGCAGGCACGAAGCAGUGGGGCGCGCUGGAGAAGAGUAACUUCUUUCCCCCAGCUUCCCCUUUCACCUUUCCCCCUCACAGGAGGAUGCGGUGUUGGUGCGUCACGCCCUUCGUGCGGGCACGAAGCAGUGGGGCGCGCUGGAGAAGAGCGGGCGGCUACCCCUGCGCGACAACAAGGCAUGCUGCAACCGCUUCAUCUUCCUCAAAAAGUGAGCCGCACCGCUCUCAACCGCGCAACCGAGUUACCUUUCGAAAAUUGUGCGCCGCAACUUCAUCGCCUCUCCCCUCUCCCCUCGCGCCUCCCGCCUCUCCCCUCUCGCCUCUCCCCUCUCGCCUCUCCCCUCUCGCCUCUCCCCUCUCGCCUCCCCCCUCGCGCCUCCCCCCUCGCGCCUCCCCCCUCGCGCCUCUCGCCUCGCGCCUAGAGCGAUUUCUUCUCUCCACGCUCAUUGUCUCCAUGCUUACUUCUCUCCACGCUUGCCUGAAAUUCGUGGAGAUCCACCGAAAAUGGCACCAAUCGUCAGCCACCCCUGACCCGCAGUUCUGGGCCCAAGUGCAGCAGGAGGAGCAGGGGGGAGGAGGAGGGGCAGGAGGCAAAGCUUCUCGGAAGUGCAGCGGAGACGGAGCAACGGGCGGCAGCAGCAGCACGGGCAGAGGAACGGGCAGAGGAAGCCCUCCUUACGACCUCGGGUCGAGGCGGGCGGGCAGCAGCACGAGGGAAGGAAAAAAAGCAGCGAGCGGGCAGGAGCCAAUGACGUUCGGACACCUGUCACUCGAGGCGUGUGACUGGCUGUUUCUGGGAAAGGGGGAGGCAAGAGAAUGGGCGGAGUUGGAAGAAGGGGGGGGGAGUGACGCAGGAGAAGGGAGAGGGGGAGAAGGGGAGGAGAGAGAGAGGGGCGGAGGAGGGGAAGAGGAGAAGAGGAAACGGAGGAGGGAGGGAGGAGGGAUAGGAGGGGAGGAGAGUGGAGGGGGGAACGGGGUGGGAGGAGGAGGAAGGGGAGGAGGAGGAGGAGGAAAGCCAGGGUCGUUGAAGGAAGAAAGUCGGAUAUCUGUGGGGCAUGGUGCAGACUCGAUGGCGUCAGGAGGAGGGCGAGGAGCAGGAGGGAGAGAUAGCGGGCACGAUGCGAAGCCGGAGAUCAAAGAGAUUUUCAAAGGGUGA